AAGGGCGCUCUCGUUCUGCAUUGUCCGUGUUGGGGUUUCAGGGAAUCCGGGUGCAGCUGCGAUCCGCAGAAGGGAAAGCAAAAGGAGAAUGAUUUCCUCGCUCAGCCCCACGGAGGGGGGUUGACAUUUCCACCUGCCCCAUUCCUAAUUAAGGCAAAGGGAUCGCCGCCGAGCGCUAAUUAUAGCCAGCAGAGCGACAGCGGAGCGGGGCUGAGCCCAGCGGGAACGCAGCGCAGCCGAGGGGGAAAAGGGCCCCUCUGUGCAAAACCCCACAAACUGUGGGGUUCUCCUCCUCCUCCCCACACUGCACAGCUCGGCUAUGGAGUACAUCAUAGGGAUCGGAGGCGUCACCAACGGGGGCAAAACCACGCUGACCAACAGGAUCGUCAAGGCGCUGCCCAACUGCUGCGUCGUGCACCAGGAUGACUUCUUCAAGCCCCAAGACCAAAUAGAAGUCGGGGAGGACGGCUUCAAGCAGUGGGACGUGCUGGACUCCCUGGAUAUGGAGGCCAUGGUGAGCACGGUGCGUGCCUGGAUGGAGAACCCGGUCAAGUUCGCCCGUUCCCAUGGGGUGAACGUCACACCUGACCCUACAGAGCCUCCGUCCAAAGAGCCCCACAUUCUGCUCAUCGAAGGCUUCCUGCUUUACAACUACAGACCCCUGAUGGAGCUCUUCGACCUCCGCUACUUCCUGGCAGUGCCGUACGAUGAGUGCAAACGGAGGAGGAGUACGCGCAGCUACACCGUCCCUGAUCCCCCCGGCCUCUUCGAUGGCCACGUGUGGCCCAUGUACCUGAAGCACCGCAAGGAGAUGGAGGACAACGGGGUCGAUGUCGUCUAUUUAGAUGGGCUGAAGAGCAGAGAGGAGCUCUACGACGAAGUCCUGGAGGACAUCAGGAACAGAUUGCUGAACCGCCCCCCAGGUAACCCCACAGCUGGGGGGCAGGGGAGCAGCCCUGGGUGCUGGGGGGGGGGUCUCACAGCACCCCUUCUCCUUCACAGGGCCCCCCAAGAGCUGAGGGACCCCACGCUCAGAUGUAAAUACUACUUAACGCCGCCGUCGGAACGAGGGUUGAUUUGGGAAACGUCUUUUGUAUAUAAUUGAGAACUGAAGAUAAUUUAUUUGCAACCGUGCCGGGCAGGAUUUGUUAUUUUAUUUUAUUUUAUUUCAUUUUAUUUUAUUUUUAUAUUCCACCACAUUUUGCCAGAAGUUGGGAACUCUUCUUUUUUUCCUGAUGGAAAGAACAGAGGCCGCCUUUGGGACCCGGCCGCUCCGCAACGCCGUCGUUCCCAUGCAGUAAAACCAGUUCCAAUCUCUCCUUUCA